CUAACUUGCGGCCAUACCUGGUGUCAAACCUGCGUCCGCUUCAAAUUCCGCUCUUCAACAAAAGACCUCUCCUCCUGGCCCCCCACAUGCUGUAACCCCCAAAACCGUUUCUCGAUCCACGUAGCCCGCAAGAUCCUCGGUAGCAAACUCGUCAACGAACUCGACGAGCGUAGUGAGGAGCUGAAAGAUAAGAAACGAGUGUAUUGUUGCGUUCCUGAUUGUAGCGCUUACAUCGGAGCGAAGAAUAAGAGUCAAGAUUUGGCGACGUGUGGGAAGUGUGGUGGGCGGAUGUGUUUACUUUGCAAGUCGCCGAGACAUGAAGGGAAGGGGUGUAGGGAGGAUGAAGAGACGAAAGCGUUUCUGGAGCUUGCGGAAAAAGAGAAGUAUAAGCAAUGUGCGGGUUGUGGGAGUAUGACUGAGUUGAUGGGU